AUGGCUCCCGCGGCCGGGAUCGCCUCGCUCCUCGCCUGCUGGGCGCUCCUCCUGGCGCCGGGGGCCCCCCGCAGCCCCGGGGACAGAGAUUAUAUUUUGGGGGCGCUAGAAGAAUACAGACUUGUCAUCCCAACUAGCACAGACUCUGAGGGCAGGUUCCUCUCCAAGGUUGUGUCUGGCAUGCCAAAGGGGCGCUUCCGAAGGGCAACUCUAGGGGACCUUCCGCACGAAACUGCCAACGAGCAAAUUUUUUACAAUGUCACUGUUUUCGGAAGAGAAUUUCACUUCAGACUGAGACCCAACUCCAGGCUGGUGGCCCCUGGAGCAACUGUUGAAUGGCAGGUGGACUCAAAUGUCACUUACGUUGAACCACUCCAUGGGGAUUGCCUCUACGUUGGGGAUAUCACCGACUUGCCUAAUGCUUCUGUUGCAAUAAGCAAUUGUGAUGGGCUGGCUGGCAUGAUUCGCACAGACAAGGACGAGUUCUUCAUUGAACCUCUGCAAAAGGGGAAGCAGGAGAAGGAGGAAGAGGAGGAGGAGGAAGGAAGGACACAUGUGGUAUAUCGCAGGGCAGCUGCCGCCAAGAAAACACUUCCUAGUGAGCACCCAGAUUUCCAGCACAGAGAAGUUGACCUAAGCAAUCUAGACAUCAUGUUGAACCUCUUAGAUGAUGAGAUUAAUAGUUCCAGAAGGAGGAGGAGAUAUCCAAGGCAUGCGGCUGAUGAUGAUUACAACAUAGAAGUCUUGCUGGGUGUUGAUGACUCCGUUGUACAGUUCCAUGGGAAAGAACAUGUUCAGAAGUAUCUUCUGACACUGAUGAACAUUGUUAAUGAAAUCUAUCACGAUGAGUCCUUAGGAGCCCAUAUCAAUGUUGUCUUAGUGAGAAUCAUCAUGUUGAGCUAUGGGAAAUCUACAAGCUUAAUUGAGAUCGGUAACCCUUCUCAGAGCUUAGAGAAUGUAUGCCGUUGGGCCUACCUACAGCAGAAGCCUGAUACUGGACAUGCUGAAUAUCACGAUCAUGCUAUUUUUCUCACAAGGCAGGAUUUUGGCCCCUCUGGAAUGCAAGGCUAUGCUCCUGUUACUGGCAUGUGUCAUCCAGUCCGAAGCUGCACACUCAACCAUGAAGAUGGCUUCUCCUCAGCAUUUGUAGUGGCCCAUGAAACUGGACAUGUAUUAGGCAUGGAACAUGAUGGCCAAGGGAACAGGUGUGGGGAUGAAGUCCGUAUGGGAAGCAUAAUGGCUCCUCUGGUCCAGGCUGCAUUCCAUCGCUUCCAUUGGUCUCGAUGCAGCCAGCAGGAGCUGAACCGAUAUCUUCAUUCCUACGAUUGCUUGCGUGAUGAUCCCUUUGACCACGACUGGCCUUCCCCUCCUCAACUGCCAGGAAUUUACUACUCAAUGAAUGAACAGUGCCGCUUUGAUUUUGGUUUGGGCUACAUGAUGUGCACAGCUUUCCGUACCUUUGAUCCUUGCAAACAGCUAUGGUGUAGCCAUCCUGAUAACCCUUAUUUCUGCAAAACAAAGAAGGGACCUCCACUGGAUGGAACCAUGUGUGCUCCUGGAAAGCAUUGUUUUAAAGGUCACUGUAUCUGGUUAACUCCAGAUAUCUUGAAACAAGAUGGAAACUGGGGAGCAUGGAGUAAAUUUGGUGCCUGCUCUCGAACCUGUGGAACAGGAAUAAGAUACAGAACACGGCAGUGUGACAAUCCUCACCCGGCUAAUGGAGGUCGUACGUGUUUUGGUCCGAGCUAUGAGUUCCAACUUUGUAGCACACAAGACUGUCCUAACGAGUAUGAAGAUUUCAGAGAGGAGCAGUGCAAACAGUGGGAUCCUUUCUUUGAGUAUCAGAACAUGAAGCACCACUGGCUUCCAUAUGAGCAUAAUGAUGCUAAAGAAAGGUGCCACCUUUACUGCGAGUCUAAAGAAACAGGUGAUGUUGUGUAUAUGAAAAGACUGGCACAUGAUGGAACACGAUGCUCCUAUAAGGAUUCUCAUAGUAUUUGUGUACGAGGAGACUGUCUGAAAGUUGGUUGUGACAAGUUAAUAGGUUCCUCGAAGCAAGAAGACAAGUGUGGUGUGUGUGGGGGAGACAAUACCCACUGCAAAGUGGUGAAAGGAACCUUCUCCAGGGCACCAAAGAAACAAGGUUACAUAAAGAUGUUUGAAAUUCCAGCAGGCGCAAGGCACUUGCUUAUACAAGAAUCUGAUGCCACCGUUCAUAAUCUUGCUAUCAAGGACAGAGAUUCGGGGAAGUUUAUUUUAAAUGAGGACAACUAUGUGCCAGACUCCAAAUUGUUUGUUAAUAUGGGUAUUGAAUGGGAGUAUCGGAAUGAUGACGACAGAGAAAUGGUACAAACGAUGGGUCCCUUACGCAAUGGAAUCGUUGUUCUGGUAAUCCCUCAUGGUAAUGCCAAGAUUUCGCUGACAUACAAGUACAUGAUCCAUGAAGACUCUUUAAAUGUUGAUAACAACAAUGUUUUGGAAGAUUCAGUAACGUAUGAGUGGGCCUUGAAAAAAUGGUCGCAGUGUUCGAAACCAUGUGGAGGAGGUCAUCAGUUUACAAAGUAUGGUUGUCGGAGGAAGACUGACCACAAAAUGGUUCAUCGUAGUUACUGUGAGUCCAUCCAGAAGCCAAAGCCCAUCCGUAGAGUGUGCAAUCUCCAAGAAUGUUCACAGCCAAUAUGGGUUACUGGAGACUGGGAAACCUGCAGCAAAAGUUGUGGAAAAACAGGCUAUCAGAUGCGUUCUGUACGGUGUAUUCAGCCACUUCAUGACAACACAAACCGUUCUGUUCAUACCAAAUACUGCAGUAGUGAUCGCCCAGAGGGUAGGAGAGCUUGCAACCGAGAACUUUGCCCUGCACAAUGGAGGAUAGGACCCUGGUCACAGUGUUCCGUCACCUGUGGUAAUGGCACUCAAGAAAGGCAAGUUCUGUGCAGGACAAGUGAAAAUGUUAUGGGUUUUUGCAAAGAAGACAAGCCAGAAACAAUAAGGCCCUGCAGAUUACCUUUCUGUCUCAAAAAUUCAUCAGAUACAUCGAAAAAAACUUACAUGAUACAAUGGCUGUCAAGACCGGACCCGGAUUAUCCUAUCCAGAAAAUAUCUUCAAAAGAACGUUGCCAAGGAGACAAGUCAAUGUUUUGUCGCAUGGAAGUUCUCUCCCGAUACUGUGCAAUACCUGGUUACAAUAAACUGUGUUGCAAGUCUUGUAAUAUAUAUAGUAACAAAACAGGAAAUGAUAAUACAACAGAAACCAAUCAUAGUAAGAUUAAUGAUAUUGAAGAAAACUUCACUCCAACACAUAUGACACGUGUUGAAGGUCACAUCCCACACCCUUCUUCAGGUCCAUCAGUUGUUUCCAAGAUAAACAUCACCAGAUCCAAUGCUACUGAAGAUCAGCCAGAAGUUAAUGCAGUGGACGUUCCGUAUAAAAUCCAUGGACUGGAAAAUGAAGUGCCACAGCACAACAUCAUCCUGAGAAGGAGGCCACCUUAUGAAAGGACAAAGAACCAGAGAAUUCAGGAGCUGAUUGCUGAGAAAAGGAAAAGAGAGCUGCUCAGGAAAUUACAUUAAAAUGGAAAUAU